GUUCCCUUUCCGCGACAUGUGGCAACUCUUCUGUUUUAUGUUUAAAUACACCUAUAUUUUAAGCUAUCAGCAAACUGUGAGACUUGUGUUAAGUCAACGUUUUGCGUACUACAUUUGUGCCAGUUUCGACAGAAAGUAACCGAUUUGGAUCUAAAAUGGCUUGGAUCCCGUCGACACGCUUUGAGAACGAUCUCGUAGAUUCGCAGCCGGGCUGCAAUUUUGUGCUGGGCCAGAUGGCCUAUGAGAUGAAACGCGAGGCGGAGUACACCCCUCGUCCCCCAAGCACGUACAAGUACUUGGAGGCUCGCGACAAGCGCAAUGCCGAGAUUGAUAUGCUGCACGGGCCGGCCAGCUCCAAGACCAAGGUGAUUCGCGACAGCCUGGCCAUGAUGGAGCGCAUACAACAGAUCGCCGGCACCAAGCCGCUGGGUGAGCACGCCACAAUGGCCGACUGGAACGAUACAAGCACCGUUGAGCGGGAGGCCGUUGCAAUGAUGCGCCACUUUGGCCUGAUGUCCAUGGGUGUUGAAUCGAUGGCCCCGCUACCGCUAAAGGAAGAGUGCUUGCCCAAGGGUCCUAUUCAUGUGCUUCGGAACGGCCAUCAGAAGAUGCCCUUGAUAACAGAUCCCGAAUACUUUCGGCCUCGUAAGACACGUCUGGCAAAGGAAACCCCCACAAGCAGUCCCUCGACAAGCUUCAACGAUUCCGGAUCGUCGUUCCACACUGCCAACGACAUCACUAUGGACAGCUUGUACGAAUCCGCCGCAUCGGAGGUGAAAACAACGUCAGACAGUCAAGAUGAUACCGAUGAACCGGAACAGACCCCAGCAACAGGACCAAAGAAGCCAACAGGAACAGGAUCACACAAGGUCGCAGCAACAAGGUCAACGAGGGCAAUAGCAACAGGGUCAAAGAAACCUGGGAAAUAAAUCGAAGCAUCAGGAUUACCCAAGAAGGGAGAACGUAGGGCAGUUACCACAUCGGCGUCUGAGGCAGCGUCAACAUAUUUCCAUGAGAUUCCCAGAUAAAGAACUGAAAUGAACCUAUUUAGUGCAUUUAGUGUGAAUUUUACACCCAAAACUGGAGGGCAUUGCUCAUAUCCAGAUACUGUAAUACAAUAUUUUCUAUUAUAGCUAAACAUUUUAUAUUUUUUCUAAUUUUAACUAUAAAAAAAGCAGUAUGUUUUCCAGCAAAAUGCAGUGAACUGAAAGGGACUUAGAGAAGAUAAUAGUGUGUUAUGAAAACGAUUUAGAUUAUGACUCGGCACGGCCCUAUCCAUUGUGAACCCCAUUCACCGUGUAUAAUUCCAU